AUGUCUUCGCUGAGGAAAUCCGCAUCGUUCCGUUCGAGAAUUCCCGUACGCCGGACGCGCCUACCGCACAGACGCUGUACCAGCCCGGACCAGUCCGUGGUCACGAUCGGGCACAGCCACGGUUCGGAAUCGUCCAUCGCCACCGGGCCUAACGACGCCGAGGCGGGACUGUUUGGGAAAGUGGUUGGCCAGCAGCCAAAAGCUUGGUACGAUCGGAGCCACUGCUACUCGUCCUCGAGCUAUUCGAGCAGCGACGAAAGCUACGACUCGGAGGCGGCUCCAUUUCAGCAUCUCCUGAAUCAAUCAUCGGUUGCAGCCAGUGCCGGCGGUCCGUACACACAGCGGCAGCAACAGGAGCAGCAGCACCGGAUACCGUUGAACCACCGACAGCACGACGACGCUCCGUACCAACACUGUGACCAUCCGGAGUUCCUACCACACCAGCCACAACCGUCGCUCCAGCAGUCCUUCGGUGCGUCCAGUUGUUUAAGCACCUCGACCGAUGCGAUGAGUCUCGACGGGUUGCUGGAUUGCGUCAGCACGGGUACCUUCUCCUGUCCGCCAUCGCCAAAAUCGAAAUCAUAUUUGGAUAAUGGCGAUGGUGGUCAGCAGUCGGGCUUUUACGAGUCGCUGGAAGAGUUGAAUUACGCACUCAAAACGCUCAUCAUAUCGGAUUCGUUUCAAGCGCAGCGAAACAUACGGAAUGCAACCUCUACGGAUACGGCCGAUGGGUCGAUCUCACUGUCCGGAACCGUGGAAUGUACGGUCCCGUUCGGUGCACCGUACGAAACAGGACCACCACAGCCGGGACACCACCGGCAGGAGGAUGUGGUGGUUGGCGAAAAUCUGAGCAGUACACAGGAAUUCGCCGCAUCCAACCAACAGAAUUAUCAUCAUCGUCCACUUCAUGAGCUUCAGCAGGAGGAACGGGAGGCCACAGUGGAGGAAGACGAUGAUCUAAUUAAGCAGCGGAAACUGAGCGAUUGGUAUUACAUUAAGACGGCCCCUACCAAGAAACCUUCCAGUCCAUUCGAGCGUCGUCGGGCCAACGGAAACCGGCUGGCGAACGAUGCUGCAAGGCGCACGGGACGGUUCCCUCCAACACUAACGCCUCGGGCUUCAAAUCCGGACAUUGCUGGAGAUGAGCGUUUGCAGAUGAGAGCAACCGCGGACGGUAAGCAUCCCCCGCUAGCAGUGCUCUUCACGGCCAAACUGGGGGAGUUGGGUGACCGUAAAUAUCCGUCACCAAUACCACGGCCUCGGCGAUUCCCACCCGCGAUGGUACCGUCCGAUUCGCAACCCAGCUGGGAGCAGGAGUCCCGCUGGCACCAUCAGCAUCCGGGUGCGGUCACCAAAUCUGCUUCCUCUUCCAGCGUGAAUCUUGGGCUUCGGGGCCAUUUGAAUUCGUUGGGCGCUGGUACGGGUCGCGGACCGAACGCACGACUCCACUCCAACACGGACCUGCAGCAGGCCGGUACACGGAAGGCAAUUGCACCUGCACUGCUGCAGGAUGACUCGCUCGGCAGUCUCGACGAUAGUUCCUCGCUGGCCGUUCUCGGUGGCUCGCCAGCGUUCGAAGCGCCGGACGAUCGGGACCGCUUUUCACCCUACUUUCGACGGCGCAAUCCGCACCAAGUCGUACCGCAAUGGUUUCCACCUCCGCCACCACCACCGUACCACUACCCGCAUCAGCACGGCCAUCAUCAGCAGGAGCAGCGGAAUAUUUAUGAGAACUUUCCCGCAUCGAGCAGUAAUCAGCACGCGCCAAUGGAAGGGCACGUGAACGCUGAUGGAACAAAACCCGAAACCUUGUCGCCCACACCAACGGCGCGAGCACGAACCAGCGCCAGCACUAACAUCCACGCUUCCGCCGCACUGUCCAACCGUCCGGCACCGACACUGUACGGCAUCGAGGAGAACGAAGUGUUUCAGUACAAAGUACCGAUCGCGCCAGGCGGCAGUGACAAGCGACCACUGCCGAGACCACCGAUCGACUCGGACGACGAGACCGGUCAAGGCCAAUGCAGGCUGGCGGCGGAGAAGAAGAGCUCCUUAACGCGGUGUUAUCCAACGAAAUCGCAACCAUCAUCACAUCCGCCACAGUUGCCCUCACAGCCGGCCGGCCAGCAAAAGCUGACGGCGCCGACGCCGAGCACCAACACCCAACCCGCCACCACCCCGUACCGGACCGACUAUGAGCUGUCCGGGUCGUACGUGUCGCUCGAGUGUCCCUCGCCGCCGGGUCCGCCCGCUUGCGGACCCGAGGGCCGACGGGGCGAUCCGCAGGCUCGCCUUGCCAACUACCUGCGCACGCUGUACAACGAGCUAGCUUUAAAGGAACCGGUACUGCCGAGCUGGGUGCAUCCGGUCGCACCGGGCGUCCUCUGUCCGGCCCGGCUCGAACCCGAGCUUCGGCUGCACAUCCACUCACACGGCCUGAACGAAGCGAUCGGCGUCGACCAGAUUCUGACACCGGUGCAGACGAAGGAUGGCCCGUUCCUGGAGGCGCCCCGUCGUGUGCUGGUCGAGUGUCCGCCGUGGGUGACACGGGGCGCUCUCGCGCUGCGCAUCCUGCACGGCUGGUCCCGUGAACCCCCGUGGCCUCCGCGAGGUCAACCGGUGGCGCUGGCGCUGUUCCUACCGCUGGCCGAGCUGCGGGGAACGAUCGCGAACUACAUCGGCAAGGAGCUGCUGCCGCGUGGUCCACCGAACCCGUUCGCGAGCGGGUUCGGCGGGUUCAGUGCCGCGUGGAACUCGCUCGAGUCGCUCAAGGGCAAGCUGCUGAUCGUGCUGGACGGGUACGAUGUGCAGUGCAAAACGCGCAAAAGCAAAACCAUGCCAAAGGACGUGAUCGACCUGCUGGAGGGACGGCUCUUCCCGGAAGCUCGCGUCAUACUGAUCAGCGUGACGGCGUCCUGUACCGAGCUGCUGCCCCUGAUGCAGCGACAUAUCACCUUCGAGGGGCUGGUCUGGGGCCGUUCGGUGUCGUUGCUCGGUGGCGGCCAGUGGGGAGCUCCGACGCGACUCAUCGACACGGUGCAAUCCUGUCGCCAUCUGCGCAACAUUGCCCGGACCACGCUCGGCUGUCUGGCGAUAGCGGCCAUAUACGAAACGUCCGGUGGCGAGCUGCCGACCGACGAGCUGGAUGUGAUCGCGUCGGUCUUCAACUGUGUCGCAGCCAACUCCUCCCACACGCAGGUCACCGAGCUCGGGCGGUUGGCGCUGUUCUGCCUGAAAACAAAGCGCUCCACGGUGACGUCGGCGGAGCUGAAGAUGUACUGCUCUUCGCCGGAAACGAACAUCGCCGGGUGUUUGGACCGGGCGCAGCUGUUUGGCCGCACAGCCAAGCGGAAGUCGGACCAGUACUACACCAUCAUCUGUCCCGGGCUGGCGGAGUUUCUCGCCGCGAACUAUAUCGUAUCGCUGGCGAACCGGCCCGGUCUGCUGGCGGCCGAAAUUGCCGGGCUGGCCGUGGGCGAUGAAGUGGAACCGGAGAUCCUGAAGGUGCUAAACUUCGCGAUGGCACUGCUCGGGGCCCGGGCACAUCUGCUGCUCUCCAAGCUGACGCCGCUGUGGUUGAGCCCGCAGACGAUCUUCUCGCUGGCGCUGGCCGGCGGUGAGACGGAAGCAAACCUGACGGCACUCUGCGAGAUGCUGGGCAUUUCCAAGUCGCCGCCAGUGCCACCGCUCGAGGCGAAACCAGUGUGGGUGUCGAUCAAGUCGACGCUGUCCGAGCUGCAGGGCUGGGGACUGGCGUUCAAGAGCCCCACCUGCACGCUGAAGAACCUCGAGCUGGUGUACCAGAUGGAGAAGAACCUGCUGCUGGAGUCGCGCAACGUGAUGGACAUCUUUCUGGAUGCGCUGUCGAAGAACGAGAGCGUCACCACACUGCGCAUCACGUCCCUGAUCGAGAACGAGGUGCGCGAUUCGGACAUCAACUAUCUGGCGAGUUGCAUCUCGAAAGCGCUGCUUAAGCCACGCCUCGAGAGCUUCGAACUGAUCCUCACUCUGCUCGAGGAGGAUCCACCCAUCCUGAAGCUGCAGUCCGUGGUGACGGCCCUCUGUCGGACGAUACCGCGCCAGCCGAAGCUGAGCAACCUUUCGCUCGAUCUCGGCCUCUGCACGUCCCAGCUGGUGCAGAUCUGUUCCACGCUCGAGAAGUGUCCGCACGUCACGCGGCUGUCGUUGCCCCAUCUGCGCUGCGAACGAGGAGCCGUAGGUGCGCUCGCCGCAUUACUCACCGUGCGGCCUCUGUCGUAUCUGGGGCUCCCGUCAAGCUGGGGUGCCCGAGACGAUCCACCGUCGUCCAGUGGGGUUAGCAUGGGUUCUGGAUCGGGCAGCAGUAGCGGCAACUCGGGACUCAUUAAGCAGUCCUCCCUGACCGGGGCACCUUCGCCACGCUCGUAUCCGGCCGGUAUCUUCUCGUCGUUGCCGCGCGGUGUGCUCAGCUCAACGGCCAACAUGGGCCGCUCGGCCACACUGCCCCGCCAGCCGAUGGAUGGACCCCCGGACAAGCGGAGCACGGACUCGGUCAUAUCGCGCACCUGGUAUCCGACUCCUGCCUGCGACGGUGGACCGCACAACUCUGGCACACUGCACGAGCUGUUGCUGGCCGCACGCGACACCUACUCCCGGCUGCACGGAUUGGAUCUGAGCAAGGCGCAGCUCUCGCUGGAAGACUCGAUGUGUCUCGGUGAGACGGUGCGUGUCUCGACGACGCUACACUCGAUCAAACUCGAGGGUGCGUCCCGGUUGAGCGAAAUCCUGCCGACCGUACUGGGGGCCAGCGAGUCGCCCUGCCUGCAGAUGAUGAGCCUCGGAUCGCCCCGGAUCGCGCUCGAGGAUGCCGCCGUCGGAAUGUCCGCACGUGCCUUGGGCAGCUGCAUCACGCUGCGGCUGCUCAGCCUGGACGGUUGGAGCUUUAGGAUAGAGAACGUCGGUACGCUCGCUUCGGUGCGCGGAUUCCUGUCGCUCACGUCGGUCCGCGAGCUCGGGCUCAACAAUUGCCGGCUGAACAUGUCGAUGUUUAAGAGCGACGUCCCGGUACAGUCCGGUGCGUACGAGUGCCGCUCCGUAGUCAACCUAAAGCUGGCCGGUGCUCAGAUCAUCUUCUCCGAUCAUCUCUCGAUGAAGGGUCCUCACAUGUUGCCGUAUCUGGUGGGUUUUGUGAAUCUACGCGAGCUGGACCUUUCCGCACCAUCGAGGACCGGUUUCGGUAGCACAACCACCACGCCGCUCAUCCUUUCCGAUAAGGACAUCGUAGGUUUCUUCAACACGCUCAACAAUCACUUCAGCCAUCUAAACACGCUGAAGAUGUGCAACUGGAUCAUCCAUCUGGACGAAGCCGCGCGAACACUAAAGUCCGUCGCCAAGCUGCUCAAAUCCAGCCCGCUCAGUCACAUCAAGCUGGACAGCGUCGUCGUGAUGGAUCGCCCAAAGAAGCAGCGGAUCGAGCCCCAGUUUCUGCACGCCUUUCUGGCCAACCUGCCGCUGCUGCGAUGGCUCGGCAUUACGCUGCACGGGCUGAGUGAGGAGCAGAUAACGACGCUCGGCAACUACUGUGGCGAUAUGCGCGGCAUGGAGAUUGACGUGAGGCUAUCCGAUUCCACGAUUGAAAAUGCGCGCCUGAUGACGAGCAGCCUCGGCAUGGAUGGGAAGUUUGACAUUCGCGUCUCCACGUUCGGUACCUCGAACAGCAUACUGAUCCACAUCGAGAAAACUUCGACGAAAAGUUUAUCCCGUAAAUAAUAAACCCCCCGCGGAAUGCUGUGCAUUACGGUGCAACUCGUUUGCUCGACUGCUGGUGAAGACCGGAGAGAAAGAUUUACGGGCGGAUUAACUACGCGCCAACCGAAUGGUAAGAAUCGUGGUGGUGGUGGUUAGUGUGCGGACAAAAUUUACGUAACUCUAUCGAGAAUCUCAUUGAACUCCGGGAGAAGCCUCCGGAGCCUCCAGGAAUAACACUAUGAGGAGAAAGCUCGCCCCUAUCAGAACUGUCUGUAAGCUGCUCCUGUAUUUCAUCUGGGGAUCGUUUUUAUCUAUAUCUCUCUGAACGUAUAUCUGUCUGUCAUCUUCUCUAGUACACUAUCGGUAACUAUUGCUCCAUCUUUCUCUCUCUCUCUCUCUCUCUCUCUCUCUCUCUCUCUCUCUCUGUCUCUCCUCUGUCUCUUGCUGUUAAUAUUUGCCGGGGGUUCGUACCGUAAGGGGACCGUGUUGCUGCUGCUAGAUGUGUAAUAGAUGUGUUAAGGCUUAUCAAAACAUCUGUUUUCCCAAUUUUACUGUUGCAGUUUUAGACAAAACGAACUGAAACCGACCAUCGGUACGGGGGUACACAUUGUACUGAUUAGAUUGCAAAAGUUGUUUUAGAAUGUACGCGAGUACCAGUGUCUGAUGAUGCUAAUGGUGCACCAGAUUUGUACAUAUUGUAAUCAGUAAAACUGCAAACAAAAACUUAUCACACCAUCGCAGGCAGUUGUGCUGCAACAAAACCUCUUCUGUUGAACAAUUCUGUAUCCAACGUUGAAGACCAUCAUGUGAUCAUGUGGUUGGAAGGCACGUAUGGAAUCUUUUUCUUUAUCAUAAAAAACUCUGCAUGCUUAUAUAUUUUAAUGGGAAAUUCCAUUUUAUUAUUAAAUGCAUUCUCUCCAUUCUGUUCUGAUACACCAAUUAAUGUAAGCAGGGGAAGGCCAGCAGAAAAACUGGCUACUCCAAUUUUCAAUCUUCCCUGGUGGGAAGUAAAACAGCAACCAAGAAAAAAAAAAACACACCCCCGAUAAACAACUUUAUCAAACAUCCAAAACGGAUUUUUUAAUUAAUAAUUUCGGGUGCGCAUGUCACGUGUACCUUCCACCGCACUCGAAACGGUUUCUCUUUUGACAACCUCUUUCCUCCUUUCGAGCUUUCGGCAGUAAAAGCGUUUCCCACUAUCAGUAAAAUGAUAGGAAAAAAAAGUAGCAAACAUAAAAAAAACAAUAGCAUAAAAAAUGCAUCAUUUAAAACGCAGAAAGAUGGAAAACCCCAACUAUAGCGAUAAAGUACCAAAAAGAAGAGAGACAGAGAGAGAGGUAACAAAGGAGCGCACAAAAAGGUAAGCGCAACACAAAACAGCAGUAGUAGAAAGACAGACAAUAUUGAACAAAUGAUAAAGUGGAUGAAAUGUUGCAAACAUGAAUAUGAAAUAUUCAUUUAUUUUAUGUUUUUUGUUACUAUUUAUAUACAAUAAGAAGAACAUUAAAAAAGGUGGGAUGGGGAGGUGCCCCCCGCCAAUUGGAACACAUUGGAAAGAGAGAGAGA